GAGGUAUAUAUUGUCACCAAAUUUGAAAUAAUUGUGCGUGAGGAUAAAGUCACAGAGCUCAGCAAUAAGUUGUGCUGUGUCAUCAUUAGGGAUACUGUUCACAUACUGUCAUACGGGAGCUCACAAUUAGGGUAAAUUUGCAGGCCCGACGAUCAGAACAGAACACAUGGCUUUCAGCAUCACCAGCUGUUCCUUGAAGGAGCUAAUGUAGGUCCAGGCUUUAGAUUUUCUUUCUCUUGAAAGAUUGCAUUUGAACUAUCUUUUAACUAGUUUGUUUUCUGUCUAUGAAAACUUAGGUUUGUCGGGAUCUGGUAGUUUUUGCAACCCAAACAGACAGCAGGUUGGGGUCGUGCAGGGCACUCGGGGAAUUAAACUGAUGAGGGGAGCGGAGGGACACAGAAACUGACCCGUUUAUUUUCAUUGAGAAGUGCCAGGAGUAAACAUGGCAUCAGUAGUGAAGAGUAAAAUAGACUUUUCAGGUGCUGCCUGGUUUGAAUCUAUUGUACUACCAUAUGAACUGGAACCAUUAGCUCACUGAACGUUAAAUCUCACCAAAUGAGGGUCAAUCCAUCCUCAUCAUCGUAUCCACUCAUUAUACUCCACACCUGAACCUAGCCAUCAUAUGAACAACAUACCCUCAUAUCUCAGUGUCUGUACUUUGACCCGUUAACCUUUUACCCCCAAUUGGGGAUAUUGCAGAUGAUGUAUUCCUUACGCCAUCCAAUCUUAAUCUGAACUUCGCACCCCUUGAUAAUCUGUACGUUAUUCCCUGAUAACCAGAAACUUCUACACUUAAACUCUGUUCCGUUCACUUUAAAAAAAAACCAAAAACAUCAUCUUAAUAACCAAGGGAAGGAAAUAUUUUUGGCCUGAUUGUCCACCUGUAAAUGGGGAUAAUGCUCCAGUCCCUCCUUUGGAAAGCAGGAGUGAGAUAAAAAGCACCAGAUAAGAGCUAGAUAUUAUUUAUUCUUCUGCCCGCCAGGAAGUGCCGCCCUCAUUGCUUAUAUAGUCCACUGGGCUGCUGGCGCCCUCGAGCAGUUUUUCUACCUUUGCUUUUGUUGGUUGCUGCAUUCCCACUUGGACACACCUUACACUUUCAUGCUGCCCUGGACAAUAACCAGCCCUAGUGGAGCGAGCUGUCUUUUCGGUGUCUAGACACUGGGGUCCAUCCAUCUGUCUGAUUUCUAACCUCUGCCACCUGCUUCUGUCUCUUGCGGCAAAUCCCUUUUGAAUCGUAUUCAAGAGCUCUUUUCGUGUGGGCACAAAGAGCCGGCCUCUCUCUCUUGCUGGCUCGCAGUGGGGAGCUCGCAGCAGAGGCCUGGGGGACACUCCCUAUCGCACAGCCACCAUAUGUUCGGAGAGCUGAUUGUCACCUGGGUCUUAGACUGCAGCCGCUCUGGCUUCAGGGACCCGAUCCCUCCAAGAAACAUGAAUAAAUAUAAGUUCUGGGGAUAGGGAUGGUGCAUGCCAACUUGGAGCCUGUCCGCCUUGAUGGUUUCCCUUUACCGCACAGUGCUCCUGUGGUGGCAACGGAGAGGCAUUGCAGAGACAUUUCAAAACAAUUUGCUUGGCAUCAUGUUCUAGGGACCUCCUGGACCCUAUUGUUAACCCGUGGUGCUGAGAAUUGGGCUGGUCCGGCAUUGAAGAGAGUAGCUGAAAACACACCAUGACGCUACCUGUAGCCUAGAAAUAAUUCCCGGCCCUGAAGAUUGGAACUAUAGAAUCAGCCUGAAAAGCUGGAUCAAACUCAGGCCUGCAUGAAGGCAUAUUGUACAUGCCAGCUCCCUGGGGUAUCCUGAUCUGGGAGGGGAUGGCAGGGAAUUGGCCUCUGGGAGAACCAGAGCUCUCACUAAACUAAACCGCAGUGUUCCACAGCGCUCGGUCCCCCUCUCUGCCAUUUCAUAAAGGUCACUAAUAUUCUUGUGUUGUUCCUUUUCCCCAUCCCAGGAAAGACUAACAUGGAAGCUUUUACCUUGAACUAGGGGUUUCUCUGCCUCAAACUGCAAUCUGCCUUGCCCCAGAGUCAGAUGAAGAUGAGAGUCUGGAAGGCUGUGGCUUGCACUCUGGCGUUCACCGGUGUGGACGUGCUGGUGACCACGCUGCUGUACGUGCACAGCCAUAGCGGCAAGGACAUUGUCCAGGAUCUGAAGCACUUCAAUGUCUUUAAUUCCAUGUUGGACGUGUGGGGGGCAUGUCUGUACAGGAGUUGCUUGCUGGUUGGCGCUGCCAUUGGGGUUGCCAAGAGCUCGACCUAUGGCCCCAAGCGCCUGAAAGCAUCCCAGACCUUCAUCACCUUGGUCUGCCUGCUAGUGGGCAUUUAUGCCCUGGUCAAACUGCUGCUCUACUCGGAGGUCAGGAAGACCAUUAGGGACCCCUGGUUUUGGAGUUUGUUUGCAUGGACGUAUGUGUCAUUGGCUGCAACUUUCUGCCUGUGGCAGCUGCUGUCUUCCGUGACGUCCUCCAGAGAAGCCUUGCAGGUCAGUUCAGAGUCCCGGGCGGAAGCAGAGGAGAUAUGUGACCCCAGCCCUAUUACUGUGCAGGAAAAGAGGGAAGAGGCGUCAGGAGCCACUAUCCAGAAGCUGCUGUCUUACACCAAACCAGAUGCUCUCUUCCUCGGAAUAGCCACUUUCUUCCUCCUGGUUGCCGCUUUGGGAGAAACAUUCCUUCCUUAUUACACUGGCUUGGCGAUUGAUGGAAUAGUCAUCCAAAAAAGCAUGGAUCAGUUUUCCUCUGCAGUGGUGAUUAUGUCGCUUCUUGCUAUAGGAAGCUCAUUUGCCGCAGGUAUCCGGGGUGGCCUUUUUACGCUCGUAUUUGCCAGGCUGAAUAUUCGACUCCGCAACUGCCUCUUCAAGUCACUGGUUGCUCAGGAGACAAGUUUCUUUGAUGAGAAUCGCACAGGGGACAUCAUCUCCCGGCUGACCUCGGACACAACGAUUGUGAGCGACCUAGUUUCCCAGAACAUUAACAUCUUCCUGCGCAACGUGGUGAAGGCUACAGGCGUGAUUGUCUUCAUGUUCAGCCUAUCCUGGCAGCUCUCUCUGGUGACCUUCAUGGGCUUCCCCAUCAUCAUGCUGGUGUCUGACCUCUACGGGAAAUAUUACAAGAAGCUCUCCAAGGAGGUUCAGAAUGCUUUGGCGAAGGCCAACAACACAGCAGAAGAAACCAUUUCGGACAUGAAGACUGUGCGCAGCUUUGCAAGUGAGGACAUGGAAGCAAAUGUCUAUUGGGAGAAACUGCAGCAAGUGUACAAACUGAACAGAAAGGAAGCCCUGGCCUAUACGUACUAUGUGUGGUCCAGUGGGCUGACUCUUCUGGUGGUGCAAGUCAGUAUCCUUUAUUAUGGUGGCCAUCUGGUGAUCUCUGAGCAAAUGACCAGCGGAAACCUGAUAUCUUUUAUUAUUUAUGAAUUUGUCUUGGGAGAUUGCAUGGAGUCUGUUGGUUCCGUCUACAGCGGAUUGAUGCAGGGAGUAGGAGCUGCUGAGAAAGUGUUUGAGUUUAUAGAUCGCAAGCCGACGAUGGUGAACGAUGGAACCCUGGCCCCAGACCAUGUGGAGGGUAAAGUGGAGUUCAGAAAUGUUACUUUUUCCUAUGCUACCCGGUCUGCAACACAGGUCCUACAGAAUGUGUCCUUCACCCUCUAUCCUGGCAAAGUGACUGCACUCGUGGGUCCUUCGGGCAGUGGGAAGAGCUCCUGCGUCAAUAUUCUGGAGAAUUUCUACCCUCUUCAAGAUGGGCAGGUCCUGCUGGACGGGCAGCCUAUUAACAUGUAUGAUCACAAGUACCUGCACUCAGUGAUCUCUUUGGUGAGCCAAGAGCCAGUGUUGUUUGCUCGAUCUAUUGCGGAAAAUAUUUCAUACGGUUUAACUUCAGUCUCAUUCGAGUCAGUUGUCCAAGCUGCUCAGAAGGCCAAUGCACAUGCGUUUAUCACAGAGUUGCAAGAUGGCUACAAUACAGAAGCUGGUGAAAAAGGAGCCCAGCUGUCUGGUGGCCAGAAGCAGAGAGUGGCUAUUGCAAGGGCUUUAAUCCGAGCCCCCCCAGUCCUAAUCCUAGAUGAAGCCACAAGUGCCCUGGAUGCAGAGAGUGAACACACGAUUCAGCAAGCAAUUUAUGGUGACUUGCAGAACCACACUGUGCUUGUCAUAGCCCACAGGCUGAGCACUGUCGAGAAGGCACACAACAUCAUUGUUUUAGACAAGGGCCGAGUGGUGCAGCAGGGAAUGCACAAGGAGCUCAUGGAAGAAGGCGGCCUUUAUUCCAAGCUGGUGCAGAGACAGAUCCUCGGGCUCGAAACUGGCACAGGGGACGGCUAUCAUCUGGAGACUAGCUUAGCUGCUGCCAGUGGACAUUCGAUGAAGCCGCCGGGAGGACUGGAUGAAGAGUUCAGGGUGUGACAUGCUCUCUCUGGAUUGAGACAGGAUGGUUACAAUCCUGUAGCUCACAAGUGAGAGAGCACCAGGGAUUCCAUGCAAGAUUCUUGCUGGGAUGCUGAAACAGGAGUCCACUGUAGUCCAGACUCGGACACAUUACUGUAGAACAAGGCCUGUUUACUAGUCACGCAUACUAACCUUCCAGUAGGCAGACUGGUAAAACAGGGAAACAAUGGGCCUGGUUUAUUAAGGGGAGUUGGGUCUUUAGCAAUUCCCAGGUAUUUCUACUGGGUUUCUUUUCUUAGAGUCAGCAAUUCCCAAGGCAGUUGAUGAGGUCUGUUCUCUCCCUGAUAUGCCUGUUUAACUGCUGUUAAUUGUAAUGGGUGUUAUACACAUGCAUGGAGGGGAAGAAUGAACCCUCUUAAGGAACUUCAGGAGGUAGUUCUGUGAAUUGGUAGGGAGACAUUGAACAUAAAGUAAGAGCUUGAUCCUGCAGUCAGUCUGGUGCCAAUCCCACACUCAGUGAAGUCAAUGGAAAGACUCCCAUUGGUUUCAAUGGGAGCUGGAUCAGCCCCGAAGUGCAGAACUCUUAUUCAAAUCUAUGAGAGUUCUGCACAGAGUGUCUGCAGGUUCAGGUUCUGGUCUAAACCACUACCAUGCAGAGCUUUUAUUAGCUUCAUUGCAGUGAGCCAGGGGCCCACCGGCAAAUCCUGCCUUCUGAAUCGCUGAUGGAGUUUGGUGAUUUUUUUUGUUUGUAAAGGAUGUAAAAUUUUACCAUCGCUUGGUUAAUUUUUUUUAAAUGGCUCUAUCUCUAUGGGCACCAGCAUGGUUUCUGUCUGGCUCCAUCAUCCAUUGAAAGCCAGUCAGUCUUAUGUUUGUUUUUAAAUUCACAAUUUCAGUGCCAGGUUGAUAAAUAUUACCUAAAACCAGGCAUAAAAUAUAAAUGAUGGCACUUUAUAAACCCUACCUAGGCCCCAUUCAACUAUGGGGUAUGCUUCUAGCAGUGUCAGUGCAUGAGAAAUCCAUACAGCCGCGUUCCUUGAAAUCUAACUGCAACUGCCUGAAUCCACAUUUAGUUCUUUGAUUAUUUUUGUUAAUUAGUUAUUUAUUUAUUUAUUAGUCGGAGGGCAGAAAGAAAGAUACCAUUUCUAACUGCAUACAACACUGGUGGAUCUGGUCCAAUCUUACUACCACUCCAUAAAGAUUGGCAGGAAUGUUUAUGCAGCCAGCAAGGUGCUAGUUUAAAAAUAGCAUUAAUUGUAUCUUAUACAGGGAAGAUUGAUUCAGGUUGCGCAAUUAUUUAAUGACCUCAAGCACUUUAGCGCUCGUGUUAAUUACUUUCCGGGGUUUGGAUGCUGCUCUGGAAUACUUCAUGGCAGCUUUCUCGUUUGCAAUGUUAUUUUUUAUUUUUAAAGUGACAUUUUACAAACUGUUUUAGUGUCCUCAAAGGGGAUACUUUAAAAAUAAAAUACUACCUCUGCCGUUCAACUUCA